AUGCUUGCAAAGAAGGAGGCGGACCGCGUGAGGAACUCUCCUCUUCCUCACGUCUCAGCCGCCGCAGUGGGCGACACUCCAGGUGUCGGAGAUCAAGAGAUGAUCUCCGGCCACCGUAAGUACGGGUCUGCGGAAGGCGAGUUAGGGUACCUCACCGCCCGACCAAAACCAAACCGGAACGUACGGCGCGUAGCUUUCUGCGUCCGCUUCAAAGAGCCAAUAUACCACCACAGACGGGGCCCCACAGAGCUGAUGUUCAGCCGAGAUUGCGAGGUAAGCGCAAUGUGGCACCGCGGCCUCGGCUCAAAACAGGAGAAGGAACGGGGGUUUUUUAGUCAGUAA